GCGCGCCUGCCAGGCUGCAGGGAAGCGCCGAGGCGCGCGGAGUCCGAGGUCAGUGCUCCCUGCGGCGCGGCGCACACGCAGGGUCCGGGGUCGACCCCUCCACCGCUCCGGCGUCUGCCGGGGAAGUCAGUCCGCCUGGUCAGCCCAGAACACCCGAAUCCGGGGGCUGGAGCUCGGUAGCAGGCACAAGCGCCACUCUCCGCCUGCGCCGUGGAAUGCGCGCCGGGACCACUCCGCAGCCCUUCCCCCAGCGCCGCUGGCCGCUGCUGGGGACAACCUCGCCCUCCUGUCUCUUGCUCCUCCUCCUGACCCCAGCGCACCCCCAUCCCCGCCCCAGAUGCGGCAAGGCUCUCUUCGCCUUCAGCCCGGCAGAGUCGAACUAGGAGUUGCAGCGGCCGCAGCCCCGGGAGCUUCCCGCUCGCGGAGACCCAGACGGCUGCAGGAGCCCGGGCAACCUCGGGGUCGGCGGCACCAUGAACGUCUCGGGCUGCCCAGGGGCCGAGAACGCGAGCCAGGCGGGCGGCGGGGGAGGCUGGCACCCCGAGGCGGUCAUCGUGCCCCUGCUCUUCGCGCUCAUCUUCCUCGUGGGCACCGUAGGCAACACGCUGGUGCUGGCGGUGCUGCUGCGCGGCGGCCAGGCGGUCAGCACCACCAACCUGUUCAUCCUCAACCUGGGCGUGGCCGACCUGUGUUUCAUCCUGUGCUGCGUGCCCUUCCAGGCCACCAUCUACACCCUGGACGGCUGGGUGUUCGGCUCGCUGCUGUGCAAGGCGGUGCACUUCCUCAUCUUCCUCACCAUGCACGCCAGCAGCUUCACGCUGGCCGCCGUCUCCCUGGACAGGUAUCUGGCCAUCCGCUACCCGCUGCACUCCCGCGAGCUGCGCACACCUCGAAACGCGCUGGCAGCCAUCGGGCUCAUCUGGGGGCUGUCGCUGCUCUUCUCCGGGCCCUACCUGAGCUACUACCGCCAAUCGCAGCUGGCCAACCUGACCGUGUGCCAUCCCGCGUGGAGCGCCCCUCGCCGCCGCGCCAUGGACAUCUGCACCUUCGUCUUCAGCUACCUGCUUCCGGUGCUGGUUCUCGGCCUGACCUACGCGCGCACCCUGCGCUACCUCUGGCGCGCCGUCGACCCGGUGGCCGCGGGCUCGGGUGCCCGGCGCGCCAAGCGCAAGGUGACACGCAUGAUCCUCAUCGUGGCCGCGCUCUUCUGCCUCUGCUGGAUGCCCCACCACGCGCUCAUCCUCUGCGUGUGGUUCGGCCAUUUCCCGCUCACGCGCGCCACUUAUGCGCUUCGCAUCCUCUCGCACCUGGUCUCCUAUGCCAACUCCUGCGUCAACCCCAUCGUUUACGCGCUGGUCUCCAAGCACUUCCGCAAAGGCUUCCGCACGAUCUGCGCGGGCCUGCUGGGCCGUGCCCCACGCCGAGCCUCGGGCCGUGUGUGCGCUGCCGCGCGGGGCACCCACAGUGGCAGCGUGCUGGAGCGCGAGUCCACCGACCUGUCGCACGUGAGCGAGGCGGCGGGGGCCCUUCGUCCCUGCCCCGGCGCUUCCCAGACAUGCACCCUCGAGCCCGGUCCCGGCCCGUCCUGGCAGGACCCAAAGGCAGGCAACAGCAUCCUGACGGUUGAUGUGACCUGAAAGCACUUAGCGGGCGCGCUCGGAUGUCACAGAGUUGGGAUCAUUGUUGGGGGACCGUGGGGAGAGCUUUGCCUGUUAAUAAAACGCACAAACCAUUUCACAUGCAGUG